AUGUGCUGCGCGCUGCUCGUCGCCUGCACAUCAUCGCUCGCAUUAACACCGGCGAUGCUCGCCCUCGCGCCGGCGCAGACGAAAAACACGCUGCGCUUCGAGCAGAUGUGCCAGCGCUUCGCGUCGCAUCCCGCGUCGACGCUCGCGCGCGUCGACGGCGAGCGGAAGCGGCUGCUCUGCCGCGCGGCGUCGUCGGCGCUGGCGGACGACCGCGUCGUCGGCGCCGUCGCGAUCCUCUACGAGGAUCUCGCGCCCGUGCGCAUCGCCGGCGACCUCAUCUUCAAGAAGCUCGAGUCCGCCGUCGACAAGGCCGCGGCCCGGGCGCCGCCGCCGGCGGGCCACGACGGCGGCGCGAUCCCGGCGCCGGACGGCCCGGCGCUCGAGGCGGCCAUCGUCGCCGCGCUCGCCGGCUGGCCGGACGACGUCGCCGCGGCGACGGCGCGGCGGCUCGCGGGCGACGCGGCGCGGACGCACGCGGCCCUGGCCGGGGGGCGGCGCGCCUUCGACGCCGUGGAUAUCGCCGGCCGCGGCGCGCUCGACGCGGACGCGCUGGAACGGCUGGGGACCGCGGUGCGGUCCUUCGGGCAAUGCGCGGACCUGUGCCGAAUUCAAAUCUUCAACUCGACUUCAAUCCGAAUCGACUUCGAUUUGACCGAGCUAGAGAAUUCUCAAGUUUGGUCAGGACCACCCAAACCAGCGGUUGAAUUCGGCACAGGCGCGGACUGCACGUGCGAGAAGCGCGGCUCCUGCGCGUCCGUGACGUCGCUCAUGGAGGAGGUCGAGGCCGAGGACGGUUUGGUCUUCUCCGACUUCAUGCUCGGGUAUCUAGAAAAAUUCCCGGACUCGCGGCUCCUGGGCGACCGCAACGACGCGCUCGUCGACGAGCUCCUGGGCGCGUCCGCGGACGCGGCCGCGGCGCCGCGGCCCGCGCCGGCGUCCGACGCCGGGCGCAAGUUCGAGGCCAUGGUCGACGAGGUCCGCGCCUGGGCCGCCGCCGAGGGCACGCUCGAGCGCGCGGACGAGGUGAACCCGCGCCUGGCCAUCGUCCUCGAGGGCUGCUUCGCGGGCGUGGAGAACGACGAGGUCACGGCGGCGUUCCGCGUCGUCUUCGAGGACUACGUCGCCUUCCGGCUCGCGGGAAGACUCAUCUUCAAACUCAUGAAGAAGCUCGUCGGCGCGGCGCCCGAGGAGGCGCCGGCGGCCGUCGCCGACGCGGCGCCGGCGGCCGCGGCGGCGGCCGCCGAGGAGGCGGCGGACGCGGUCGCCGAGGACGCGCCGGCGGUCGCCGCCGCGGACGCGGCCGUCGCCUCCGUGCCGCCGCCGCCGGACGCGACCGUCGCCUCCGCGCCGCCGCCGCCGGACGCGGCCGCCGCCUUCGCGCCGCCGCCGCCGGACGCGUUGCUCGCCGAGACGCGGAAGACGGGCGUCGGGAGGCCGCUCUUCGACAAGGCGACGGCCGACGCGGCCGACGCGGCGCUGGACGAGGCCGUUCCCGACGACGCGCUGGACGAGGCAUUUCCCGCGGCCCCCACGAGCGCGUUCGAACAGGAUGUGGACGAGGAAGACUACGUCGUCGACGAGCAUCGCGAGGACGACGCGCCGUCGUUCCCGCUGCGCCUGUCCCUCCCGCGGCGGCCGCGGUUCCCGCGGCGGCUCUGGCGGUCCGUCAAGAGCCGCAUCCGUCGCGUCCUCGCGCGCCUCCGCCGCCAGUCGUGAUCCCUGUGUCCCUAACUCUCGCAUCGCC